GUUAGCGGCUAACACAGGCGAUUGCUUUUUUGUUGCACCAAAAUUAGUGGGCCAGUGGUGUCAAAACAUUGAACAAACAGAGCUUUGAUUCGUCAUUUGAUGUGCAAACAUGUGUUGUGUUGAGCAAGUACACGUCCAUUACGCAGAAUAACGCGUGGUCGGCCUCCUCACGAUGUAGGCCUGUUUUUUGGUAAGGGAGUGGACCGAAGCUGGUGGGACUCCAUUUCCCAGAAGGCACCGCGGCAUCAGGUGGUACAACUUUACUUUUCCAUGCUGGUAUCUGUAGUUCUGACCACACCACUGUGUUAUUUGUGUGGAAACUUUUUUGUUUUGAAAAAAUAUGAAUGAACACAGUAAAGUCACAUUUCACCAGCUGAGUUAUUUAGUUGAUUAAUUGAAACAGAGAGAAAAAAAAGGACAUGUUUGAUUUGUUAGUGUUUCACUGGCAGCCUCCAGGGAUGCUCAAGAGUGUGUGUAGUGUUUUUGUUUGCUGAAAGGAAGAAUAUUGAGAUUAGUGAGCCAGGCAGAGACACCAUGGCUGCAUCACCUGUGCAAAGUGACUGGAAACAAUCUCGAGCACACGCCAAGGAGGGGCACCCAUCAUCACCCGAGUCCUCUCUGACCUGGUGCUUGAGUCACCUCUCCAAACCUCGAUCAGGGGCCGAACAUGGCAAGGCAGACUCAGGCGGUGGCAGAGAGAUGGAUAAGAGGUCCAGGGUCUCUCAGUGGAGAGCCCUGGUUGCCAUCCGGACGCAGCACAUCAAGGGUGACAAGGCCGGCAUCGCCCGAUUCAGAACUCGAGGUGGUCUUCGGCCCCUGGUGGACCUGCUAGGGCACCCAGAGUGCUCCAGGAAAACUUUGGACCUGGCUCUCAGCAUCCUGGCCAACUGCUGCACUGAGCUGGAGACACGCAUAGAGGUUCGUAAGCUGGAUGGAAUAAACGUCGUAGUGGACAUCCUGAAGAGAAAUGUUGCCCUGGAGACCGUCCAGAACCGAGCAGCCCGAGCUUUGGGAAACUUGGCGAUGGAUCCAGAGAGCUCAGCACUCAUCCACUCUGCCGGUGGCGUUGCUCUCCUCCUCCUCUGUGUGUCUCUCUCCUCUGCCCCCUCGUCCCCCACCGCUGCUCCCCCCAAAGACCCCUGCCCUAAACUGGAGUGUGCUCAGUCAGCCGCUCGAGCUCUCCUCUACCUCUCCGACACGCCCUCCAACCGCCUGGCGCUGCUCACCCAAGGGACCGUAUCUGCCCUCGCCCCCCUCAUCGCUCCGGAGUACCCCCAGGGGCUGAGGCGGGCGGCGCUCAGGACCAUCCAUGAGCUGACCCGGAGCUGCGGUGUCGAGUGUGCCAGGGAGGUGUCGCGUUCUGGGGUCCUGGCUCAGCUCGGUGUCAUGGCGUCGGGGGAGUCCGGUAAACCUUUCGAGGAGCUGGCACUGAAAACUUUGGCCAACAUGUGCUCCCAAGGCUGCCUGCGCCCUCUUGUGGGGUCACUCGGGGUCAUUCAGAAAUUCACAGAGGAGGUGAAGAGAGACCCGCUGAAGUCUGGAGUCUUCCUCAAGGCGCUGUGCUUGUGCUGUAAGGAAGCCGUCAACCGGGCUAAGGUGAAGGAGAGCGGCGGACUGGAGGCGUUAAUCAGCUUUUUGGCCGCCCACAAGAGUCACCCCCUUUCCCGGCUGGCUAUUCUUGCCUGUGUGGACUUUGUGUUCGAUGAGACGGCCAUGGAGCAGUUGCAGGAGUUAGGGCUGGUCCCUCUGCUUGUUGCCCGACUCGUCGAGCUCACCAGAGGGGAGGAGCAACCCCCCGAGAAGAUGGACGUAAGCAUCACCUCCAGCAUGUCUCCCACUGAGCUUCUCUCCUCAACAUGUUUCGACUCUUUCGAUUUCCCCCCACCCGAGGGGUACAAGAAGGAGGAGGCGGGUCGGGAGCAAGGUCUGUGCUCAUCGAGCUUUUUAAGUCUCAGGUCCUGGUUGGUGUCCGAGGGUUUGAUCUCUUCUGAGGGAGACCUGCUCGAUUCCCCGGGCGGUGUUGAUGGGGAAUGGGCAAGUCUUCAGAUCCAACCGUCUUCAUCCCCUCAAACCUCCUCCCCAAACCCUGACUCACACCCCUCUCUUAAAAACUCUUCUCCUCCCAACCCCGCUCCCUCUUCUGCUUCUAAAAAAGUAGCUCAGCCCUCUUGCGUGCCCCAGCUGUCAUCCCCGGGGAAAGUAGUCACCGAUCCGCCUCCCUCCAGUCCCCAAAUCCAGCCCGCCUCCUCCACCGUCUCCUCUCCCACUAAAACACCAGUUUCUCCAUCAAAGUUCACAUCCCCGCACAGAAGGAGGCAGCGGGCUCACUCCUCAGUCUGUUUAUCAAAAGUCACUCUUGACACCCCUCCCUCUGCCUCCCGCUCCAUGGCGUACCACCACCCUUACCACCCUGAACCCUGGACGCCGGAGUCUCCCAUCCUGCUGCUGCUUUCUCGCUUCUCCCACGCCACGGACCCGAGUGCCGCUCUGGUUAACUCGGGCAUCAUGUCCGGCCUGCUGUACUACCUCACCCAGCACCAGGACCCCAGCAGCAGGUGCUUCCGCAUGCUGUGCCGGCUGAGCUGCAACCCCAACUGUUUGCAGUCGCUGGUCCGGACCGGCUCCGUGGCGCUGAUUCGCCACCAUCUCUGCCAGAGGGAGCGGGGAUCGGAGGGAGAGAGGAGGCAGACGGACCGAGUGAAAGCUAAAGUUAGACAACUGGGUUUGGCUCUUCUCAGUAAUCUGCGGGUCCAGUGUGAGUCUGGAUUCGGCUCGGGAGUUCUCGCUCAUGUGAUGCUUUCCGGCUCCGAGUCAGACAAGAUGAACUGCGCUCUGUCUCUGCCGUUAAUCAGCAGCAACAAGCCCCUGUUGAAGAAGCUCCUCCUGGACAGCGGCGGUCUGCUCUUGGCUCUGCAGCCCCUCUGCUGCGAUGACGAUGACAUGGAUGAAGACCACCCCGCUGAAAGUGGGAGGUUCCUUUCCGAUUGGUUUAACUUACCCCAUUCAGCUCUGACCUCUCAGCCCCACUCGCUGUACCUCUCUCUCCUGAUUGGAUGUCUCUCUAACCUGACGGGAGGCGUCAAAGCGGACCUCGACAAAAGACAUGUCAACCCGGUUAAAACACAGACGGUCGCUAAAAGCGACGCUGCUUCACCCCCUCCUUCGAAAAAGGCUCGACUAGUAGACGUCUGUCCUUACGGUGAGUCAGACUUUGACCUCCUGCUGCUGCUGGACGACGGCACCGAGAUCCCGGCCAACAGGGAGGCUGUAGCAGGGGUGGAGGGCACGGACGGGGUCGGCUCUGAGUACUUCAGGGCUCUGCUGAGAGGCGGAUUCGGAGAGGCUCAGGGUGACGUGGAGGAAGCCAUCCACAUUAAAGAUGUUAGCACAGGUAUGUUGCUACCGGUGCUGCAUUACCUGCACGGGUGUCGCCUCACAAACGACACGGAAACAACAAAAGAAGGGGGUGAUGGAGAGAAGAGAGGACACUGUCAGAUUUUGAACACACUGGUCCUUGAAGGGCUGGAUUUCUGCAAAAAGGAGACGGGGGAGCACCCGGCUUUCCAGAAAACACGUCUAGGCGAGGUGAUGACCGGAGCGUGCAGAUUCUUGGUGACGGAGCUGCAGAGAGAGUUAGAGGAUCUCUGCGUGUCUCUUCUCCUGUCCUGCUCCACCAAGGCUGCUAGUCGAGCUGCAUCAGCUCCCACGGAGGACAACGCCGACAAGGACGCAUCUAAAAUGGACCAAGAAUGUCUCGAGUCCGCCGAGGAGAACCUGGCCAAUCGAACAUCCGAGUUGGAGUUGAGUGGCUUAGAGGCACAAACGGAAAAUCUACCGGGACAGACGAAGAAACCAAACAGUUUCCUACAUCAAACAGACAGUAAAAAAAGCUCUGCGGCUAGUCGAAAGGCUAGCAGGGAACUCAGUCUUUCUACGGACCUGAAGGACGCCCCGGUGUCCAGAUCAAGCUCACUCACUCCAGAAGAGCUGAGACCAAAGAACUUGACGAGAAGUUCAGCACAGGGCGGGAUGCUGGCUGCUCUCCUCCCUCAGAUAUACUGGUUUUCCCAGCGGUACAGCUACCCAGCGCUGGGUCGGGCCUGCUUGUCUCUGCUGCUGGGCUGUCAGGACUGUCCUCGGCCCUUCUCCUCCUCCUCCCUCGCCAGGGAAUGCCUUCGCAGACUCGCCAGAGAGGCCGACUGCACGGACGCUCUGAAACAGGACCUGCUGAGUCUGGCCACGGCCGCUCUGAGCUGAGCUGAUGAAACGUGGAGUGAUGUGAUUGAUAUGAAUUCAGAGGGCACAGAUCAGACUCAGAGUCGACUUGGGGAGCUUGUUAUAAGCCUCUCAAAAAGAUGCCAUUGUUAUAAUUUUAUUAAAUGUCUAAUAUAGUACAAAGUGCAGGUUAUAACAGUGGCAUCAUUACCUGAAAAACAUGCUGUAUGAAUUUCUUCGGCACUAACAAGAAUGUUGAUUUAUUUUCAUAAUUUCAAAGCCUGAAUUUUUAUUUUAGUUUGUAGCCUGUCACAGCAUGACAUAAUGGUGUUAAUUUACUGUUGUUUAACUUCUAAUGACAUUUGUAUUGUGAUUUUUCUUUUCUUCUUUUUUUUUUUGAAGGGAGGGCAGGGAGACGAGUGUCAGCAAAUGUGUACAUUGCAUUUGAUAAAUGUAAUUAAUUUAGCUGGAAGAACUGGAAUUAUCAGGUUUGGUCUAGGAGCCAGUUGUUUAUUUUGUACAUACAUAGAGAUAAUAUGAAAUAGCCUGAUAUACAGUGUAGAUUUCACCUGUCGCAUAUCAAUUUAUGCCAACUGAAUAUAUAAAUUUAUGCCACUUAAUACGUUGUUGGAGCUUCACUUUGCCUUCAGUUUUUUUUUCUUGUUUGAUUUUUGGAUCCAGAAACAGAUUUUCUACACAUUGAUCAG